CAUUUCUGAAACCUGUUUCAUCGCAGUUGCAAUGAUUUAGAGAAUUAGAGUUGAGGAACGAUUGAGAUUCGAUCCACAGACAAACAGCUAAUGGCAGCUUUUUCAAUUGCCUGCGGAGAGUCCUCAUCACCGUUACACAUUCUUAUCUUUCGAUUGUGGAAUCAAACCAUCGACUCCAUCAAGCUCAAUGUUGCUAACUUACUCUUUACCUCAAGGAUUCGGGCCGAUGAUGAUAUAAAGCCCUGUAGUUUCAAAAAUAUUUUGGGUGUUGUUAGUGAUCAGUGUCAGUUGAGAACUGAAGACUGGUUUUCGAAUAAGAAGAAUUCUGAAAAUGAAGGAGAUCCACGGGCAGUAUUCAAUGUAUUGGAUUCAAUUUUGAAGGAGAACUUGGAUCGUCUGAAAAUGAUGAGGGAGAGCAUAUCUUUGGCAAGGGUUGGUCUCAUGGGUUGUACCUCGGAAACUGACUACAGAGGACAUGUAGCUGUAAUUAGGGAUUUGUGUUUGGGAGGGAAGUUGGGUGUGGCUUUAUGGCUGCGGAGUAAAAUGAUACAGAAAGGUAUUGUCCCUGACGUGCUUACACAUAAUUAUCUUGUUAAUGGACUGUGCAAAACUGGUGACAUGCAGAAAGCGGACUGUGUUAUUAGGGAGAUGGUAGAAAUAGGUCCCACUCCCAACUGUGUGACUUACAAUGCUUUUAUUAAGGGCUACUGCGAUAUUGAUGAUGUGGAUAAAGCUCUUCAUCUUCUCUCCACUAUGGUAAGUACUGGCAUCAGGCCAAAUAGAGUUACUUGUAACAUACUUGUACAUGCACUGUGCAAGAAAGGUCUUGUAGGUGUUGGCACGAAGCUUCUUGGAGAGAUAUUAGCAGAUGACGAGGGCAAGGAAACCUCUGAUGUAAUUACAUCAACUAUACUUAUGGAUAGCUGUUUUAAGAGUGGAGAUACGAUUAAUGCUCUUGAUGUUUGGGAAGAUAUAUUUCACAUGAAUACCCAAAUGGAUCUUGUAGCGUAUAAUGUCCUUAUAAAUGGGUUUUGUUUGAGUAGAGACAUGAACUUUGCAUACAAGUAUUUUUGUCAAAUGCUUAAGAGGGGUACACUUCCAGACAUUUUUACUUACAAUACUCUUCUAGGUGGUCUUUGUAAACAAGGGAAAUUAGAUGAGGCUUGUUACGUUUAUGAUGUCAUGUUAAGAGCUGGAGUUGCUCCAGAUCAGAUCUCGUACAAAAUGAUUGUUCAAGGCUUUUGUGCUCAUGGAGAUGUUGUUAAAGCUAGUGAAUUUCUUCUUCAUAUGUUAGAGAAGUCAAUUGUGCCCGAGCCUCAUAUAUGGAACCUAAUAAUUGAUGGUUAUGGAAGAUGUGGAUAUCUUGAUCGUGCAUUUUCUGUUAGAGAUCUGAUGUUGUCUUUUGGUGUCGCACCAAAUGUUUUUACCUUUAAUGCAUUAAUUUAUGCAAAAAUAAAAGGAGGAAACAUUUUUGAUGCCUUUUCUCUUAAAAAGGAGAUGCUUUUAAAUAACAUUUUUCCUGAUGUGGUCACUUAUAAUUUGUUAAUAGGUGCUUCAUGCAAUAUGGGGCAAAUUCAUUUUGCACUUCAAUUUUAUCAUGAAAUGCUGAUGUUAGGAUAUGAGCCUGAUCUGAUAACAUAUACUGAAUUAAUUAGAGGUCAAUGCAUGAAGGGUAAUGUGAAGGAGGCGGAAGAGCUUUUUGCCAAGUUACAGAAAUCUGGUUUACAUAUAGAUCAUGUACCGUUUCAGAUACUUAUUAUGACAUACUGCAAAAUGAGGAAACCAGACAUGGUGUAUUACCUCUAUCAGAAGUGGUUGGCAAGGGAUGAAAGAGUUUCUCCACUUUAAUGAACUACAAUUAUAUGGAGUUAGUGGUUGUUAAAAACAAGGCCUCUGGCAUGAGUCAGUUUAUAUUUCUCAACAUGAAUGAACUUAUUUCAAUUGUGAUAGUUUUCUGCUCGUGGGAGGCAUGAAUGCUCUUCUUAGAGGUAUGUGUAUUUGCUAACCUUAUGUUAAAUGUCUGUGGUGCGCUGAAAUUUUCUUUAUUUAUUAAUUGGUCCUUAGAGCUAAUUUUAUCAUUCAUAGAAAAAUUAGAUAUAGAUGUCCUCAUGCAAUAUAGGUAUUUUGGAGGUUUUUUUUGGUAUAAUUAUCAUUGUGUGAUUUAUAGCUUGUACUUUGAAAAGGCUGUAACAAUCCUAUCUCUUAAGGCAAAUCCAUUUUUUGUUCUUUAGUUGGCUUGAAUAGGUGGAGAAGAUUACUUACAACUACCAAUUAUCAUUCUGAGAUUAGUUUCUUUCAUGAAUGUUUGAGGAGUAAAGGUUAGAUAUUUUCAUAUAAUCUAUUCUUUAACAUGCCUUUGUUCACUUCUGCUAUAUUUCUGUAUUAGAUAAGAGUUCUUCUUUCGAUAGUUCUGUUGAGAGAGUUGGCCUGUUUUGUUUUGAAUCUUUUUAUUUGACUUCAAUUAUAAGUUUAUUGAGUUACUUGUGAACCAGAACAGAGUGUAUUAUGGAAGGAAAAAUAUAUGCUAGGUAAUAGCAUCAGGAAUUGUUUAAAUAUUUGAGAUGCUAGAGGAAGCUCAGAAAAUUAUCCUGAGUUCAAUGUUUUUCAAUUUCUUUUAAGCUGUCUUAAAAGGCCUUCUGCAGUGUCACCAACUAGUUUCAGAGUCUAGCAAAUUCCAGGCACCACUAAAUUCUCAUCUAUUAUAUUUGCAAUAUAUAUCUCUGUUGUUGAUGUUACGUAUAUAUAUUUGGUGUUAUGUCUACCCAGAUAUUAUUGGCUUAUGGUGGGACUGAGUUUUAUGUAUUCCUGUCCUUUCAUGCUUCAAGAUAAUGUUUUUUCAUGGUUGGCAUCUUUCUGGCAUUUGCAAAAUGGUUCCCGUUUCCACUUGUGUCGCUUUUUUCUUUCAUACUUCCAUUGUACUCUUCUUCCAUAUAUUAUCUACCAUAAAAAAAUUCAACACAUGAGAUUGCAAUUGGUUCUUUUUGACCACAGGUGCAGGAAGAUGAUCUGGACCAUACCAGAACAUAUCCCAGUCAAUUAGAUGAAUGGUGGGGCAACCGGCCUUGAGUUUGCUCAUUCAUUUGGAAAAUUGUUUGAUCUUAAUUUCCAAGUAUUGACAUUGAUAAUGAACAAUUGUAAACUUGUUCUUCAUGUGUGUCACUACGUGGUUCAGGAUGAUGGGAUACAACCUGUGUUUCAACCACUGAUUUGAUAUGUUCAAGAGUUGUUACCAUUGGGCUGAAACCAUGAAAAAGGUCCAAUGGGUUUGCCAGCGUUGCCUUUGACAAGUUAGGGCCGUGGUUUUUUCUUGUGAUCCUUGUGUGGUGGAAAUCUUGAGCGGGUGGAAGAUAAGCAAGAGAAGUAGGGUCCAAAUACGCACCUUGGGCAAAAAACUGCUGAGCACAGAAAGAAGAAUUUCACAGUAUGCCCUUGAGUUUAAAGCUCUGAAAGGUGGCAGCUUUCAAAAUACUGGAGCUUUGUUAGAGAAUAAAUGAUAAGACUGGGAUUCACCAAGUGGAUGGAGAUGAUUCAUUGACCAUUCCAACGUCUUACUAGAUUCAAGAAUGAUCUGAAGCCAAACAAACAGUUGUAGAAGCAGAAGAAAUAUUACCUUUUGAUUGAGAAAAACCCAUAACAAUACUCUCUAGUCUCUAAUUUCUCACUUGCUUGAAAUUGGAGAGGGAAAUAAAAAAGCAUUUACUAUUUAGUGCUGGUGGGCAUGCAGAGUUGAGGAUCGUCAACUGCGAAUACAUUAUGCUUCGGCCGAUUUUUCUGUGCAGUUUAUAUGUUAAUUGAACAUGUUUAAGGAUGACAUUUGCACAGAAGAAAUGUUUACAAAAAUAUACAAAUAAUAUCACAAGAUUCGAUCGGACAGGUGUUUGCGAUGCCUCAAUCAGAAAAGUUUAAAAGUACGUACUGAGCUAUUUUCUCUGUAAUUAUGAAACACAGAAACAGCUUGAAGAUUAUUAACCAAUUUUAUCUCUGGAGAAACUGUUGAAGACAAUAUUGUUGGCACUCAUAAGAGAAGGUCUAUGGGAGUCUUGAACAAUGCUUGGUUCGCACAUUAUGAGAAGAACAAUUAACUGUGUUAUGCCUAUAAAAUCACGGUUUACGUAAGCUGAUGCCAACAAGUACCGAUCAGAGUACAGGAAGAUUUUGUGCCGUCCAGAGUCUGUCGCGUUGCCCAAGACAGAAAGAAUAUAGCUAUCAAUAACCUAACUGACUCAAGUUUUUUCUGUGAAUGAAUUUGGUUCGCAUACUUGUCCAAACCCUAUUUAAUUUAAAGA